ACCCCCGGCUCUCCCGGAUGACGAGAGGUAGAAAAGUAGGAGGAGCGCAGUAAGGAGAGGGCGGGAUAGGGAUGCCGCUGUGCUGCAUUCUGGGAAGGGCGUUGGUUCGUCGCUCGCCCAGCCUUCUGGGAGUUGUAGUCGCGAUCCUGAGGUAACGGAUAAGUUUAUACCAUGGAUAGCACAAAGGAGAAGUGUGACAGUUACAAAGAUGAUCUUCUGCUUAGGAUGGGACUUAAUGAUAAUAAAGCAGGAAUGGAAGGAUUAGAUAAAGAGAAAAUUAACAAAAUUAUAAUGGAAGCCACAAAGGGGUCCAGAUUUUAUGGAAAUGAGCUCAAGAAAGAAAAGCAGGUCAACCAACGAAUUGAAAAUAUGAUGCAACAAAAAGCUCAAAUCACCAGCCAACAGCUAAGAAAAGCACAAUUACAGGUUGACAGAUUUGCAAUGGAAUUAGAACAGAGCCGAAAUUUGAGCAAUACCAUAGUGCACAUUGACAUGGAUGCUUUCUAUGCAGCUGUAGAAAUGAGGGACAAUCCAGAAUUGAAGGAUAAACCCAUCGCUGUAGGAUCAAUGAGUAUGCUGUCUACUUCAAAUUACCAUGCAAGGAGGUUUGGUGUUCGUGCAGCCAUGCCAGGAUUUAUUGCUAAGAGACUCUGCCCACAACUUAUAAUAGUGCCCCCAAACUUUGACAAAUACCGAGCUGUGAGUAAAGAGGUUAAGGAAAUACUUGCUGAUUAUGAUCCCAAUUUUAUGGCCAUGAGUCUUGAUGAAGCCUACUUGAAUAUAACAAAGCACUUAGAAGAAAGACAAAAUUGGCCUGAGGAUAAAAGAAAGUAUUUCAUCAAAAUGGGAAACUCUGUAGAAAAUGAUAAUCCAGGAAAGGAAAUUAAUAAACUGAGUGAGCAUGAACGAUCCAUCUCUCCACUACUUUUUGAAGAGAGUCCUUCUGAUUUGCAGCCCCCAGGAGAUCCUUUCCAAGUGAACUUUGAAGAACAAAACAGUCCUCAAAUACUCCAAAACUCAAUUGUUUUUGGAACAUCAGCCGAGGAAGUGGUAAAGGAAAUUCGUUUCAGAAUUGAGCAAAAAACAACAUUGACAGCCAGUGCAGGCAUUGCCCCAAAUACAAUGUUAGCAAAAGUAUGCAGUGAUAAGAAUAAACCAAAUGGACAAUACCAAAUUCUUCCCAAUAGACAAGCUGUGAUGGACUUCAUCAAGGAUUUACCCAUUAGAAAGGUUUCUGGAAUAGGAAAAGUUACAGAGAAAAUGUUGAAGGCCCUUGGAAUUAUUACAUGUACAGAACUUUACCAACAGAGAGCAUUGCUUUCUCUCCUUUUCUCUGAAACAUCUUGGCAUUAUUUCCUUCAUAUCUCCUUGGGUCUAGGUUCAACAUACCUGACAAGGGAUGGAGAGAGGAAGAGUAUGAGCGUUGAGAGGACAUUCAGUGAGAUUAAUAAAGCGGAAGAACAAUACAGCCUAUGUGAAGAACUUUGCAGUGAACUUGCUCGAGAUCUACAGAAAGAAGGACUUAAGGGUAGAACUGUUACCAUUAAAUUGAAGAAUGUGAAUUUUGAAGUAAAAACUCGUGCAUCUACAGUUUCAUCUGUUGUUUCUACUGCAGAAGAAAUAUUUGCCAUUGCUAAGGAAUUGCUAAAAACAGAAAUUGAUGCUGAUUUUCCACAUCCCUUGAGAUUAAGACUUAUGGGUGUUCGGAUAUCUAGUUUUCCCAAUGAAGAAGACAGGAAACACCAACAAAGGAGCAUUAUCGGCUUUUUACAGGCUGGAAACCAAGCCCUGUCAGCCACUGGGUGUAUACUAGAGAAAACGGACAAAGAUAAGUUUGUAAAACCUCUAGAAAUGUCUCAUAAGAAGAGUUUCUUUGAUAAAAAACGAUCAGAAAGGAAAUGGAGUCACCAAGAUACAUUUAAAUGUGAAACCGUGAAUAAACAAAGUUUCCAGACAUCACAACCAUUCGAAGUUUUAAAGAAGAAGAUGAGUGAGAAUUUGGAAAUAUCAGAGAAUUCAGAUGCCUGUCAGAUAUUUACCUGUCCUGUUUGCUUUAGGGCACAAGGGUGCAUCAGUCUGGAAGCCUUUAAUAAACAUGUAGAUGCAUGUCUUGAUGGAUCUUCAAUCAGUGAAAACUCUAAAGUGUUCUCGUGUUCACAUGUUUCUGCUACCAGAGUUAACAAGAAAGAAAAUGUUCCUGCUUCUUCACUUUGUGAGAAGCAAGAUUAUGAAGCCCAUCCAAAAAUUAAAGAAGUGUCUUCAGUAGAUUGUGUAGCUUUAGUAGAUACUAUAGAUAACUCAUCUAAAGCAGAAAGCAUAGAUGCUUUAAGUAAUAAGCAUAUCAAGGAGGAAUGUUCUGAUCUCCCAGGCAAGUCUUUUAAUAUUGAGCACUGUCAUCAGAAUUCUUCUUGCACUGUUUCGUUGGAAAACGAAGAUGUUGGAUUAUUAAGCAGACAAGAAUCCUGCCAGCCUUACUUAUGUGAAGUGAUAACAGGCCAAGCUCUAGUUUGUCCUGUUUGUAAUGUAGAACAAAAGACUUCAGAUCUAACCUUGUUCAAUGUGCAUGUGGAUGUUUGCUUAAAUAAAAAUUUUAUUCAAGAAUUAAAAAAGGACAAAGUUAACCCAGUUAAUCAACCCAAAGAAAGCUCCAGAAGUACUGGUAGCUCAAGUGGAGUACAGAAGGCUGUAACAAAAACAAAAAGGCCAGGAUUGAUGACAAAGUACUCAUCAAAGAAAAUAAAACCAAACAAUCCCAAACAUACCCUUGAUAUAUUUUUUAAGUAAACAUUGAACAUUUUAUCAUUAAUUUUAAAUUGAAACUUGUUAUUUUAUAAUCAAUGAAUUUGUUCUUUCUGAUUUUAAGUUUGCAGAUUUAUUUAGUGAAGGCAAGUGUAAUAAUCCUCAGAUGAUGUUUACUUUUCUAAGAUAUAUAUAUACUGAUUCUGUAUAUCUUUUUUAUAAUCAUGAGAAUUUUACUUCCAUUAUACAUCAAUUGGAAAUUAAUGCUGUUAUGAGAUAAUUUUUAAAAGGGAAAUUAGGAAUGAGAUAAGAAGGUGUUUUUUUAUUAUUUUUAUACUGAAUAUAAAAACAUAUUUGUAAGGGCUCUCAAAGAUUCACACAAACCUAUAUUAUCAUAAGAAUUUUUCAGCACUUAACUACUUUGUUGGCAUUGAUCCUAGUAUCUAAAUACUUCAUGAGCAUUCAUAAUUAAAAUUUAUCUUAAGUUCUGUGAAGAGUAUUAACAUAACUAGUACAAGUGGUUUUCUUCAGGAAAAUAAAUAUCACAGUAUUAUCUGCAUUAAAAUGGUUUUCGCCUAAAAUAUAAUUUUUAAUCUGGCUUUUCUUAUUUAGAAUUCCGUUAUCUUAUGAAUAAGCACUUGAAUCACUUUUUAAAAUAUUUAGUCUAAGAUGAUUCAAAGUAGUUUUAUUUUAAUACAGGACUUUUAAAUGGCAGUAUUUCAUUUCUUGUCAAUUAUGUUGGUACUUUCCACAAAUCUAUAAAGAAUUGUACAGUCAUUUUUUAAUAAUCUUCAAGAGAAAAUGUGUAAUUCAAAAGAUUAAUGUGUAUUAAAACACAUUACAUAUCUUAGUUACAUUUCUAUCAACAUGUUUAUUAAUAUUUGUGAAAGAAGAGAGCUUAAUAGUAGUUAGCUUAAGUAGUUUCUCCAAAUACUUUUGUGCUAUCAAUGAGUUCUUCUCAAAAAAAUAUUUAUUUAGGCCAGGCACAAUGGCUCAUACCUGUAAGGGCAGCACUUUGGGAGGCUGAGGUGGGCAGAUCACUUGAGGUCAGGAGUUUGAGACCAGCCUGGGCAACAUGAUAAGACCCUAUCUCUACUAAAACGAAAAAAAAAAAAAAAAAAUUAGCCAGGCUUGGUGGCACAUGCCUGUAAUCCCAGCUACUCAGAUGGCUGAGGCAGGAGAACCUUUUGAACCUGGGAGGUCGAGGCUGCAGUCAGCCAAGAUCUUGCCACUACACUCCAGCCUGGAUGAACAGCGAGACCCUGUCUCAAUAAUAUAAUAAUAGUUAUUAUUACUAUGUAAUUGUGACAUGAAGUUGGAACCAUUUUCUGUCACUUCUUUAAGGAGCUAAAUCUUUUGUUCUCUUUUAUUUUUGUUUUCUCUCCUCUUUUCAUAUUUUAGCUUAUGAUCUAAAUAUAUAUUUUAUAUAUUAUAAUAUUUUAGGAAUAGCUUAAUUAAGAACUCACAGACUUUGGCAAAGUGGUAACUGGACUUUUAAUUACUAGAUUGUUUAAAUUAGGCUUAAUGCCUGUUAGCAUGCCAAUCAAAUCCCAUGACUGAUGUUAUUAUACACUGUGGCAAAUACAAAAUUGUAGUGUUAUGGUUCUUGAGCAUGUGAUUUACUUAUGUAAAUUCUGUACAAAUUUAAGUUCAAUGAAAUAUUUAAUAUACUGAAAGGUAAAUAAUACCAUAUUGAAUUAUUUUCUGUCUUGCCUUAAGUUUAUUUUUAUUAUCUUCAAUUUAGAUUAAAUGCUAAAUUAUUUUCAUUUAAGGAUUUAUUUAGUUGAAUGUUAAUCAUUUAGUAAUAUUUAAUAAUAUUUGAAAUAAAAUUUAAAACUUUUAUAGAUCUAAUAGAGAUGGUUUUCUUACUUUUCCAAUCUUCCUCCCUCUUAUGCCUUCAUUUUUAUUUUCUCUGCCCAGAAUUUUCUUCACAUUCUUUACUACCUGUUUUGUCUAUUAUAUCCAACCCAUUUUCUUUUUAUUAUAAUUUUGAUAUGGGGCAUUUGAAGAAAAUACAGCAAAACUACAAGGACUGGUAAUAAGCAUGCAUAAUCUUACCUACUUAGUGAACCUAAUAUAAACCUAAUAUAAAGAACCACCAUAUUUGCAAUAUAUAUAACUGGUGAAAAACUAGUGUCCAGAAUAUAUAAAUGAUCCCUAUGAAUCAGUAAGAAAAAGAUAGUCAAUAGAAAUUUGGACAAAAGACUUUAUAUGGCAUUUCAAAUGAAAGGAAAUCCAGAUGACCAAGAAACAUGAAAAUAUUCCCAGCCAUAUUAAUAUUUGGGAAGUGAAAAAUUAAACUACAAGGAGAUAUCAUUACAUCUCUACCUUAUUUACAAAAAUGAAAUGAUCUGAUGAUACUAAGUUUUGGUGAUGAUGUCAGCUCUUACGUUGAAAACAAUCCCUGUGGAAAAAUUUGUCCUUCAGUAAAUUUAAAGAUAAACAUGCUCAAAACCCAGCAAUUGCCCUCUGAAGUGUACAUCUUUGCAGGUUAUCUUUCAUUACAGUAAUUUUUUUCCCUGUCAGGACCCUAACUAAUACAAUGCCUUGGGAAAACUACUGAACAUGUAUCCUAGAAAGCAUGUACAAGAAAGUUCUGCCCAGUCAGGAAGGUGGCCUAGAAAAAAAUUUUUUAGUGUUCAUAGCAGCACCGCAAUAUCCAAAAGUUAGAAAUGAACCAAAUAUUCAGCAAUGGUAGAAUGGUUAAAUUCUACCAUGGCAUUUGUGUUGAAACAAUAGAAUUCUACACAAUGGUGAAAAAGAAGGAAAUAGCUAAUCACAACAUAGAUGAAUAUCACAGGCAUAGCAUAGAGCAAAAGAAGCAAAUCACAGAGGGAUGCCAUCAACAUGAUUCCAUUUGUAUAAACUUUAAAACAGUAAAAACUGAACAACUAUAUUGUUUUAAGGGUAUAUAUUUAUAUAUAUGAGAUAAAACUGUAAAGAAAAGCAGUUGCUGUUGCUGUCCCCAGAACCAGAAUAAUGAUUUCCUCUGUGGAGAGGUAAGGCAGUGUGAUUGGGAAGUGGCACCUGGCACUUUUGGGAUGCUGGCAGUGUUCUAUUUCUUGUCUUGGCUGGUGAUUGCAUGGAUGUUCACUUUUAAAAUACACUUUAUACAUAUAUAUUUUAUGUAUUCUUAUUCAUAUAUGACCUUUAUAAUAAAAAGAAAAAAAUGGCAAAAACUGCUUUCGUUAACAAGAUAUUUUCCUCCAUCUCUGCAAGCUAGUUUCAGUCGAGAAAAAAAUAUAUUUCUUUCUUCUAGGACCUUGCUGAACACAGCAAGAAAGAGCCAUCCCAUGGCAAAUUUUUAGUUUUUCUCUAGCAUUUCCCCUAAGGCUACCGCCUCAAUCAGCAUUUGGUCUUCUUUCCAAAGACAGCUGUAGACAGUUUGACCAAAUAUUUUGUUACCGCUUGUGAUGGUUAAUAUUGAGUGUCAACUUGAUUGGAUUAAAUGAUGCAAAAUAUUGUUCCUGGCUGUGUCUGUGAGGGUAUUGCCAAAGAAGAUUAACAUUUGAGUUGGUGGGCUCAAGAGGCAGAUCCACCCUCAGUCUGGUUGGGCACUCAUCUAAUCAGCUGCCAGCAUACCUAGGAUAAAAGCAGGCAGAGGAACGUGGAAGGACUACACUGGCUAAGUCUUCUGGCCUCCGUCUUUCUCCUGUGCUGCAUGUUUUCUGCCCUGGAACAUCAGACUCCAAGUUCUUCAGCUUUUGGACUCUUGGACUUACACCAGUGAUUUGCCAGGGACUAUCAGGCCUUCAGCCACAGACUGAAGGGCUGCACUGUCUGCUUCUCUGCUUUUGAAGUUUUGGAACUCAGACUGGCUUCCUGGCUCCUCAGCUUGCAGACAGCCUGUAUGGGACUUCACCUUGUGACUGUGUGAGUCAAUUUUCCUAAGAAACUCCCCUUCAUAUAUACAUCUGUCCUAUUAGUUCUGCCCGUCUAGAGAACCCUAAUACACCACCAAACAAGUCACCAGUUUUCCAGUCUGUGAUAUUUGUGUCCCGACUCCCUGAAGUCUUCUCUCCAACCCUAAGUCAAUUCGUUAUAUUAGGCUUUGUUAUUUGCAGUACCCUAUUUAUCAGUUCAGUCACAAGUUUCCUGGUGCCUCUUCCUCGGUGAGUCACAUGGGGACAUUCUUCAUUCUCCCAGAAAUGUGUGACAGCAUGUGUAAAAUAUUGCCAACCAGGGAAGCUCAACCAAUCCUUGGUGUCCAAGGUUUUUACUGGAAGUCAGUCACACAGACAUGCAUCACACAUGUGACUGACCUUACCUAUUAAGUCUCAUGACCCUCAUGGCCCAGGGCUUCAGCCAUUCAAAAACAGACAUUCACCAUGAGUCAUACUGUUAGCAUAAACUAUCUCAUCAAACUAACAAAAUGCAGCCCAAGGCCUCAGGCAUACUAGAACACUAUUAUCAAACUGGAAAUUCCAAGGGCUCAGGUCAUUUCCCAGGAGCUAAGGAAGGGCCAGUACCUGAAGACACCUCUCUUUGAAAAGUGCAGGGCUUGAGUAACCUGAGGCUGCUGGGUUAACCCUUUACUGCAUAAAUGUCGAAUUAUUAGAAUUGUAUUCAAAUAAAAUAUAAAAAAGAAAGAUCACUUAGAGUAACUUUUUCCUGCCUCACUUGAAUAAUGCAGAGAGACACUUCAAAUUCAUAACAUGUUUAGGAGGUCUCAAGGAGGAUGGGCUAUGCGUUUGGAAUAUAUGCAUAUUAGAGUAUAAAACAACAAAUGACAUAAUUUCUUUGCAUGUGUAUAAUCCUCUCUUCAAUGUAAUUCAAAGGUCUCUUUUAAUAUCAGUCUUUACAUUGUCCCUGUAAUACAGAGCUAUACACCUUUCCUCAAUCUUAUGUGAUAGUAGGAAAAGUAACAUUAUAAGAAGUAUUUAUAAAUUUAAUUCACUCCACCAGAAGUGCUUUAUUUUAAAGUUAGCAUGGGAAUUGUGGUAUCCGCAAGGUCAAUGUCCCCACUGAAGAAGUGACCUUCUAGAGUAAGAAGUUUCAGCAUCACCGUGGGUAAUGGAAGCCAUAUAACAGAAUUUAAGAAGGAACUUUGUGCUAAGAAAAUGUAGACAGUGGUUAUAGGCAUUUAUGUAAGAAGGCUGUAAGUUAAAGGCAAGAGAGAUGUAGCAAUUAAUAGGAGAUAUUUUUUCUGCCCUCAUUAACAAAUGUGUUUAUUUACUACUCCUUACCUUUUAACUCAUCCCCCCUGUAUCCACUGCUACCUCUGCCAACCCUGUAUCUGUUACUGAAUUCUGUCUACUCUUGUGGGGCCUCUUGAAAAUAUCCAUUUCUUUCCAUCUCUUGUCAAACCCUUAUCAGUUGUCUAAACUCUGACUUUCCAACUGAUGUGUCAGUUUUCCUUGCUCUAAACCAUCUCACGCAUUUUUUUACAGAUUAGCCAGAAACAGCGUUCCCAUAAUAGCACACUCAUGUCAAAAAAA